CAAUAAUUAUUAUUUGUAAUUUUUUGUAUGUAGCACAUUAUUCUAUUAUAAAUGUUUUAAUGUACCUAUGUAUUUGUAGUUUUUUUUGUUAAUAAUUGAUAAUUUUUUUCAAAACCAUGAAUUUAUCCACUGCUGCUAAAUCUUUAUUACUUUUGGGACGAUGUGUUCCGUCGGUCAAAAAAAACGCAUCAAAAAUUAUUGUUAAGAAAUUAGAACUGGAUGAAAAUCUUUUAAUGGUGACUUAUAUUAGACUAUAUCACUCUUAUAUUUUGAUUUAAUUUUAGUCUUGUAAUUUUUUUUUAUAAAUUGUAUAAUAAUUUUCUUCUUCUUUUGUUCAGUAUUUCAAUAAAGAUGAAGUUUAUUAUGCUCAUGAUCCAGAACAACAGUGUAAGUCUGGGGAUGUGGUGCUUAUCAAAGAACUUCCAGAAAAAUUAACUAUACAUAUUACUCAUGAAGUGCUUAAAGUAAUUUAUCCAUUGGGUGAUAUAACAGAUCCUAUAACUAAUAAAAAAGUAGCUGCACUUCGAUGCGGUACCGUUUGUUACAGGUUUGUUUAACAAAAUAUUAUCAUCUAUUGCAAAAUUGAAAUUUGUAUGUGGUUUAUACUAGCAAGAUAAAUUCACUCUUCUAUAAUUUGUUUUUGCAAUUUUUUUUAAGCUCUAUUUAAAUCGGUUUGAUUUUUUAAAAUUAAUAAGAUAUUUUAUGUAUUAGAAAUAAAACAGCAUGUUUAUACUAUUGUUUAUAUUAUGAUAAAAAAAGUGAAUUAAUUUAAGACAUUUCAAAAACAAAUAGUACGAGUAUCUAGGGAAAUCAUAAAUACUACUUUAAAUUUAAUAUUAUAAAAUUGUUAAAAAAAAAGAAAUGAUUUCAAAUAAUAGUACAAACCUGUGAGUAAUAUUAGAUGUAAAUUGUAUAUACAUAAAAUAUAAAACAUUAAUUUAGAAUUUUUACUUUUUAUAAUUUAUUGAAGUUUUAUUAUUAAAAUUCUUUAAUAUUGAUUUAAUUGUAUAUUAGUGUGAUGAAUUUGCAUUUAGGUAUUAAUUUUUCUAUUAAGUAUCAAUUAUUCUCAUUAUUGUUUUAACAAUAAAAAUCAUAAAACUAUGAAAAAUGUCCAAAAUAAAGUAUAGGUAACAUCAAUUAUUUGAUUUAUUAUAAUAUUUUGUUUACUAACAAUUUGGUUUAAUAUUUGCCACUUAUUACUUUUCAUAAAAUUGUUUAUUUGUACAUCGUAACAAGUUAUAUUGUUAUUAUUUAAAAAUCAAUGUGUUCAUAAAACCAUAGCAUAAAUGGUUAUAUCAUAAUACUUAUUAUACUUAUUAUUUUUAUUUAUCUAGAGAUGAUAUAGAGGAGGUUGAUCAAAUUUAUGGUCAAACUAAAGAACGAUUCAAUUAUAAAAAUGCUCCCGCGAGAGGUUGGCAAGAAGACAAAAAAGAUUUCAGUCACAAGGAUAGCUACAUCAAGUAUCAAGAAACCGAAGAAGAACAACCAUAUUCUGUUCCAAGAUAAAAAUUGUAUUUCUUUAUUUCAUUUCAUUUUUUUUUUUCGAUCUAGGAAAUAUAAGUAGUUUGUUAAUAAUAUGUAAUUGUUUUAAUUUAGUCAACAUUUUAUAUUGAUAUUAAUUUUAAAAGAACUAGAUUCCAACCAGGACUCCAGUUAAUUUUUAAAAGUUAAACAAAGAUAAAAAUGAUAAUUAAAAUUGAUUUUUUUCAAACUUUAAAUUCAUUUUGACUGACUACAUAAGUAAAAAUAAAGAUUUAAAAUUAAAUAAAAAAAUAUUUUACUCUUCUAUAUGUAUUAUAUAAAUAAUUUAAUUUUGUAAUUAUUGUAAAUCGAUACAAAUUGUAUUCUCAAUUAAAUUACUUAAACCAAACUAUUGCAAUUUGUAAUUAACAAUUAAUUUUUUUAAAUACCUUCAGUACUAAUUUGAAAGUCAAACAAUUUAUCAUAUCAAUGAACAAAUCACAGAUACUAGAUAUAAAACAUCACUUUUAAAUUGAGUACUAUAUCUUAUUUUAAAUUUGAAUGUAACGAUAACAUUAAAAAGAACUAUACAAUAAGUAUUAUUUACUAACAUAUUUUAACAGAUAUAUACUUAUGUGUGUAAACAUUCAUUUUAUGAAAAAAAGCUACUAUGUAUCCCAAAAAUGUUAUCUUUUAAAAAUAUUAUAUUAACUAGAAACAAUUAGACUUGAUUAACAACUAAUACUUUAACAGGGAGGUGUAGAAUAUUUUAUAUUUAAAAUUUGUAUUUAAUAUGCAAAUAAAUGGAGUAUUUUUCUUGGUUUGGUUAAUUUUGGUACAAUCUAAUUUAGUAGACAGACAAGUUAUAGAAUGUCAGUGUGAGCGUUUUAAAACUUAAAAAUUCUAUAUCGAAGAAAUGAGUAUGAUUUAGC